AUGCGCUCUCAUAAAUUUUUAUAUUCAAGAGAAGGAUUUCGUUCAAGGAAAGUUGAUAUUGGAAAAGCUACUCGGAAGGUACCAGACACAAAAGUUGGUUGCAAAGCAAUGAUGAAAAUAUGUAAGAAGAAUAUUGAUAAUUGGAUUGUUACACGGUUUGAGAGAGACCACAAUCAAGUGUUUGUGAGCCCAAGUAAGGUUCGUUGCCUCCGAUCACAUCAGGCUGUUUCUGAAUGUAAGAGAAGUAUUAUAGAUACUUUUCAUAACGCCGGGAUUUCUACUAAAAAGAUUAUGAAUGUCUUUAGAGUAGAAUUUGGUGGAGACUGUAAUUUAGGCCUAAUGGAUCGUGAUUAUAGAAAUGAGCUCAAAAAGCUUAAAAAGAAAAGUCUUGACGAUAAUGCUCAAUUUCUCUUAAAUUAUUUAAAGCGCAUGCAAAGUGAAAAUCCUUCCUUCUUUUAUGCAAAUGAUAUAACUGACAAUGUCCAUUUAGCAAAUAUUUUUUGGGUUGAUGCUAGGUCAAGGAAUGCAUAUCAAUGUUUUGGGGAUGUAGUGAUUUUUGACACAACCUAUAAGACUAAUAGGUUUAAAAUGCCUUUUGCCCUUUUUACUGGAAUCAACCACCAUACAAAUUCUACCUUAUUUGGGUGUGCACUUUUAGGAGAUGAAACUGAAUCAUCAUUUGUUUGGCUUUUAGCAAUGCAUGGCAAACAUCCAAUUACAAUAAUUACCGACCAAGACAAGGCCAUGCAAGGAGCUAUUGCUAGUGUAUUCCCGAACGUUGUCCACAGAUUUUGCAAAUGGCACAUCUUAAAAAAGGUCAAUGAGAAGUUGGGUAGCAUUUGUGCAAAACAUCCUACUUCUGUAAGGGAGUUCCUCAAUUGUAUUUGGACCAAAACAAUUGAAGAGUUCGAGAGCUCAUAG